ACACACAGCUGAUGGAGAAACACACUCUGCCUCUGGUGUGACAGCAGAGCGCACGUUCACACUGAGGAUACAGGCACCUUCUUUUUCCUCACUUUAAUCUACGGAUAAUUAGUGUUUUUUUUCUUCUUUCUUUAAUACACCUGCUGCAGCAUGAGCGCUGAAUGCAGCAGCUACUACAGCGCUGACAGUGUGUUUGUGGACGGAUUCUCCUGCCCCAGACCGGGAAACGCUGUCACUGCUGUGUACUGCUGCGGAUUUAAUGAUGUGAAAUAUUGCUGUGAUGAUCCCAACAGUUUUUUCCCGUAUGAAUACGGAUACAUGUGGUGGCUGAGUAUCGGCGCUCUGGUUGGUCUGUCCAUUGCUGCAGUGGUCCUCCUUGCCUUCCUCAUCACUGUAUGUGUCCUCUGCUACCUCUUCAUUGCCACCAAACCCAGUCGUCUUGACAACGGCCUACCCCUCAGAGCACCAGCAGGAGAUGCCAGUGAGGGAUCGAGUCAAGUGAGAGCGACAUGUGCCACUGGUCCGCAGGGAUUCAGAAAACAUUUCAUGAGCAGGAAGCUGGACUGUGAUAACCAGCCGCCAGACCCUGAGGUGCUGUUCCAGAGGUGCUUCACAGCUAACGUCACCAGUGUGAAAGUGGAAAGUCCCUCAUAGUUCUCUGUGAUACGUUAAAAAUGGGACCAGCUGUCCAAAGGGCAAGAGAACUGCUGAAUCUGAAGGCAGACUGAGCUGCCAGGUGGAGGCUAUGACAGUAGCUGACAUAAUUUUGUGUGUGUGUGUGUUUGUGUGUGUGUGUGUGUGUGUGUGUGUACAGGGGAGUUGUGGUGGUUGAGCGCAGUAAAAAUUGUGUAAUACUAACACCCGGAGAAAAAACAGAAGCACUCUGAGGGCUGUAGACCAAACUUAGCAAGCAUGCACAAUGGAGGCUCUAAAAGCCUUAAUGAAUUUCUUCAAGCACAAAAUUUCUCUCCUCCUCAUGACUGCAUAAGGAAGUAUCUCACCACCAGGCAGUAGUAAUUGAAAGUGUAUGCAUCGUCUUGGAAGACAAUGUUCAUAAUUGGUCUCAAGAUAGCCAAAGACUCAUUAACAUUUGUUGAAUCAUUAAGGGAUAUGCUAGGACAAUUACUGAAUGGGGAGAGGCUGGAGUGUUUACUCAGGAUGUACAGUUUCAUGUAUAUCUAGGAAUGAUGCUAAAGCUGUGGUCCGGACAGUAAGGCUGUAAAGUCUGUAGCCACAUCUGCUACAUUUUACUCAGGGACUGAAGGAGGAUCUACAGCGUGAUGAGACUCAACUUUUUGAAUUUCCUCACCAGAAAAAUGAGAGCAUUGGGUAUUCGUUCAAAUGCUUAAAAUGAUCUAUGUUUACGUUUUCAUGACAAGACACCUCUAGUAAUUAUAAAAGUAUUAAGGUUGGGCAUGUCUGAUUUUGACACCAGAGGCUCCUAUCAAACUUAAAAGCUGAUUUCUUUUAAUUAAGGCCAUGAUUAACUGGCCUAUUUAUUAAAGUUUUUUUUUUGUUGUUGUUGCCAUUUUUGCCUUUAAGUGAUAGCAGACAGACAAAAUUAAAUGACUGUUUACAGCAAAUGGUGAAACAAAUUUUAGAUGUGCUCUGUGAUGGAGCUCUCAAAGAGUCUGAGUAGCAACAAGGAUUUUGGUGAGAUAACUAAUCUCUCCUUAACAAACACAUGCAUGGACAUUAAAUCCUAAUAAACGAUACAAUACCAAAAUCUUUAGCAUGAGGAGGGUGAUGCAGGGAGCUGUGUCAGCAGAUAACAGUGAUGGUUACCAUGUUGUAAUGGCCCGCUGUACAGCUGGAUGAAUAUGAUUGGAUGGUACUAGUGAGCUGAUAGACGCACAGCUGUGAAUAAUCCAGUGAUUGUGAAGCAUGAAUGAAACAGCUGAUACCAAUCAGUGCUCUGCCUGAACUAACACUAUGCAUAAUUUUACUUAACUAACCAAGCCGGCUGAGUUCGGACCGACUUUAACUCUGCAUACAAAUGAAAUCAAACCAGCCCCCUCAUUCAUUUGAAUGAGCCCAGUGAGUUGAUGCAGAGGAAGUGCCAAAGCAGGGAUCCUCCUGGUAGAUGACUUUGUAACUAGAACACCAUAUUUUUAUUGUUUACUUCACGUUUGUGGUGAUAAAUGCAAUUGCCGUCAUGAUUGUUUCUGAGUUGUAAAAUCCUGUCUCAAGAGUAUUAUAAAUCCCUUUACAGCGUUUGGGCGUUUGAGAAAACUUCAAAUUCACACAUCUGCUACUCAAACUAGAACUCCUUGUUUGUAUUUCAUUGCUCACCUUAAGCAACAAGCCCCCACCACCGCAGCAUCUUGCAUUGUUUUAACAUUGACAUUAUGUAUGGUGUUCAGAGCUAGUGGGUCUGUGAAGUGAGGCCAAAGCGGAAGUGUCUUCAACAAUUUGCAUUCUUUCAGUGUCCUUUAUGUGACAAUUCCAAAUUAACUUAAAGGAAAGCUUCAUAAACACAUUCAUGUGUCUUUAUAUGUACUUUUAAUAUGAGGCUUAGAUAAGUGAUCUUCAAAAGUUGUAGUCAACAAAAUUCCUUCUUUGUGUUUCCACAAUGUUUCUUUGCUGAGUUGCAGGAGAGUAACAAUAAGGGCACGGUCACACAUGCACAAAUUUAGACAAUGACCGUCGCCUGCUGAGAAAGGCAGUGAACGGGAGGCGAAUAUGCGCCAAUGUUUAUUAUGUGUGAAUGUGACCUAAAGGAGAAUUUGGCGUUUAUAAUACACUUAAUUUGUCUCAGGCUUAUGAAGCUUCAUAUUAAUUACUGUUGACUGGAGAAUGCAAGAACAAAGACUGCGCAAAAAAGCAAUUAUGACACGAACCAGUGUACAUACUGUAAGGGAAUGUUGAGCAUUGUUUUAUUACAGACCUAAAAAAUGCGAAACUAUCCUAACUUCUUAUUUAGCCAAACGUACAGUACAUUUGGAUCACUAUUUCACAUCAAUACACAUUGUAUAGUAAAUGGCAGUAUGACACUGUAUAAUGCAAUGUCACUAGAUGUUACACCAGCUGUUUGGCAUCUGUCUGAAGAGUUCUGAUUGCUUUACAAUGUUACUUAAGAGAUCACAAAACUGCAUUUCUUUGGACCCACUUACAUACUAUGGUUGGUAUGUAGUCAGCUCCUUCUCAAAACUCUCAAGUGUCCUUGUUUUAGCAACGGAGAAUUGUUUUAUGCAAAGUGUCAUGUCUUGUAUUCAUGAGAAGGUUUUGCUUAUGUAAUUGUUUCUGUAUGUGGAAAGUGACCUCAGUGUUUUAAACCUCAGUGUUUUUGUUCUGUCUGUUAUAUUCUCCGUUAAAAUGAUAUUAUUAUAUGUUACUUCAUAAAAUGUUGCGCAAAUGUUUGGAGGAGUUUCUGUUGUACUCACACAUUAUGUUGAUAAAUUCUAUUUCUAUUUAUUUAUUUGUAAUUCUCAACAUCAGGCUGUGUGUGUGUAAUUUGCUGCAGCAUACAUCAAAGAAUAACAGAGGAAAACAAGACUGGGAGUUCAAUUUACUUUGUUGAUGGCAAUGUUUUGCAAAUGCACAGCAGGAAUGUACAUAGUGGUAUAUCCACACAGUUCUUGAAAGAGCAUCAAUAAAAUCUGGAUCAGAAGGCAA